UUACGUAAUCGUGUUGUGGAACGUACCCCAAACCGUCAACGUCAGUUUUGACGUUUCUCUGCCUAACCUAACUUUUGCCAAUAAUAAUAAAUAUGAAGCGCCAAUUUAUGUAGUGACAAUGAGCGAUAGUGAAUCCCAAACAUGGCUAGGUACCCCCUUGUCGGACAUGUACAAGGGCCAGGGGCCGUGGGGCUUCGCCACUGCUCCUGUCACCCCCGCGAAGUAUCACCACGUUCUAUUCGAGCUCCCUGUGACGCUGAAGGAGCCCCCGGAGCCCCAUUAUAACGCACAACCCAAGCAUUGGGAUGACGAUUACGUCCGGAUGCCUUACUCGUCCCAUAGCUUAUUUCUAGUGAAAGAAAAUGGAGAAGAAGUGAUAAAACCGCGCUGGGACGUCAUAAACGAAGCCCUUUCGAAACCUAUCACCUCAGUCGAAGAUUUAGAAAAAGCAAUAAAUACAUAUAACAACAAACUACCAAAAUUUACAGCACUGAAACAUUUUUUUAAUGAUGUUAUAGAAGAGGAGGAAGCGCAGCUUUUUUUCACGUCCCUGUUACCAAAAAUCAUCAAACUUGCGUUACGUCUGCCUGAGUUAGUCCCUGGAAGUAUUCCACUGUUGCGGAAAAAUCAUUCCAAAUCGGUCAGUCUGAGCCAGUUACAAGUGGCUUCGCUGAUUGCGAAUGCGUUUUUGUGCACUCUGAUCUGGAGGAAAAAAACGUCCGAUACUUUCCCCGGCGUUAAUUUCACAAAAUUAUUUAACGCCGAUGAUCGGACGUUACGCCAGGAAUGUGUCGCGGAAAAAUUAAAGUGCAUCAUGCACUACUUUAAUCGAGUCACCACCAAAACUCCAGUCGGUGUCAUAACAUUCGAGCGCAAGUUCGUCCCCAGGAGCCAAAUGCCACGAUGGGACGCUCUGGACAAUAAUUUAGGAAACACCAAAGUGCAUAUCUCAAGCUCAGGGACGAUAGAAGAGGCUCGAGGUUUUUUACAAGUCGAUUUUGCGAACAAGUUUAUAGGCGGCGGUGUUCUGUCGUAUGGCUGUGUUCAGGAGGAGAUUCGGUUUGUCAUUUGUCCCGAAUUGAUAAUCAGCCGCCUGUUCACCGAGGUGUUGGGUGACGGCGAAGCCGUCAUUAUCACCGGAAUUGAGCGAUAUAGCAAUUAUUCCGGUUAUUCCAACACCUUCAAGUGGGACGGAAACGUCAAUGACGACACACCGUUUGAUGAUUACGGCCGACGAAAAACAACGUUGGCUGUGAUAGAUGCGACUCAAUUCACAAAAUCCAAAGACCAGUUCCACUGUUCGACCAUAUUACGCGAGCUCAAUAAAGCUUAUGUGGGGUUUAGUUGUCGCGAAAAGCAAAACUUGGCGCCUGUUGCGACAGGCAAUUGGGGCUGUGGGGCCUUCAAAGGCGACCCCAACUUAAAAUCAUUGAUCCAACUCAUGGCAUGUAGCGCCUCUGGACGCGACUUGGUCUACUACUCGUUUGGCGAUGUCGAGCUCCGAGAUGAAUUUUACAAAAUGUAUAUGUUCCUCGCCAAUAACAAAAUCACUAUUUGCCAACUGUGGCGUUAUUUGUGCCGCUUUUGUGGCGCAAACGUCACUCCAGACAAGUUAUACUCCUUUAUCCAACAAUGCCACUUCGAUUCCAAGACACAGCCAACAAUAAAACAAUUUUUUGGGCUCACACAGAAGCGGAAACCCGAUCUCAAUUUGCCGUCAACGUCGGCCGAAGAUGCAGUUAAAACGAAGAAAACUUCGCCGAACGAGCGGAAAGUUAAGGACGAGGCGAAGCCGAGUGUUGCGAAAUAUCCCGAGUUACCGGUGACAAUCGAACGGAAGAAAAGUCCAGUCACUCCCGACGAAAUUAUCGAGAUUAUAGAUAUCAUAGACGGGAAUGUGGCGAAAAGUCGGGACAAUGCCGAGCAAGAGGAGGAAAGUCUCCUGUCCAAGAUCGACAAAAUGAAGAAAAGCGAAACGAAGAAGAGCGACGAUUGCGAGAUCCCGAUGGAAGUGGAUGUGGAGCCGAAACCCGUGGGGUUCAUCGAAGACAAGAAGAGGAAAAUCAGCGAUUAUUUCUCCAAAGUGACCAAUCAUGUCAACAGCUAUUUGUAAUUUCUUGAAUAAAUUUUUGAUUUAUUUAA